GACGUCAUCUUCUCGCGCCGCGUCUUGUCCGUCGGUCGAGCCAAAGGCGGAGACAGGCGAAGCAACUUGCACGUGAACGUUGUCGACCCCCGGGUAUGCGUUUAAGGUGAAACGACGCACGGUGGAGACAUGUCUGCGGCUUUAUCGCGCGGCCUCUGCAGGGCUUUGUCCCGACACACCGCUCCGUCGAGCCUCCUGUUGGGGGGACAUCAUCGUGCUGGACUGAGUCCCUGGUUCGCUCCAGUAAUGACGCUGAAGACAUCUGCCCCACUGAGAGCGGAGCCUAAGAAGAAGAAGAAAGUGGACCCAAGGCGGGAGCACAUGUUGAAGGAGAGGAUGAGAAAGAAGCUUAAGAAGAUGGAGAAGGUCGCACCUGAGUUUAUCCCCCUGGAUGACCUCAUCACUCCGACCAAAUGCUUGGAUGAAACAAGGGAACGCUCUGCACCGAGGCUGUCAUUUGGAGAAAGCGAGGGUCGCGCCCUGCUGCUGAAGGAGUGGUGUCGAUACAAGCAGGAGCAGCACAUGGCUGAAGUGCAGGCUGUUGAGCUUGCUCUCGAAGCACAGAGGGAGGCGUUGGAGGAGCUGAAGUUAGAGUCUGAGGAGCUGUACCAGGCGGCGCUGAAGCCAGACCCCCUACUGUUUCCCUUCACUCACGAAGGGCCUGCCUACACGCCGCCGAAGAGCAAGUACGAAGCUCCUGAUGGGAAAUACAACGACAUCACUAAAGUGUACACACAGUGAUGGGCUGUGUGUGCAGCCUGUGUGUAUUUAAUGUCUUUGUUUGUACACGAUAAGCCAACAUGCAGCCUUCAUGAGAAGGACACUUUACAAAUGUUUUUUGAAUUGUACUGUCACUCUGUUUGAAAUGUCACAUUCAAGUCUCCGUAUAAAACAAUGGAAUAAUAAAACCUUUUUUAAUUU